GUUCUGCCUUUCGGGUCAGCAAGUCCAACACGUUCGUCGUCGGGGCAACAACUCUCUCUCUCUCUCUCUCUCUUCUCUCUUCACGACUCUGCGACUGUUUCUUCCGGGUAGAUCUUGGCGGCUGUCCGGCGUCCCCCGUCAGGCAUAAUCAAGGCAGGUUUCAGGCGAGUAAUAUUCGCUCUCUGCUUUGAAGAACCGUGUCGUUUCUUCUAGUAGAUUUUCUGUUGCAUGGGAGAUCAAUCGAUCGAUCAGUUUAUCUGCUUUGUCAGGAAAUGGAGACGGUAAUGGAGGAUGAAGAGAUGAAGUGGAGGGAGGUGGUGCUCCCGUCGCUGAUCCCGGUGGUUGGGGAGCCGGAGUUGGAGAGGGAGAAGGGUGACAGGAGGAGGGGGAGGGAUAUCCUCAUCGCCGUGGAUCAUGGCCCCAACAGCAAACACGCCUUCGACUGGGCUCUUGUCCAUCUGUGCAGGCUUGCCGACACGAUUCACCUGCUCCACGCCGUCACCAGUGUGACCAAUCAGGUGAUUUACGAUGCGAGUCAGGCCUUGAUGGAAAAUCUAGCUGUCGAAGCAUUCCAGGUUUCGAUGGUGAAAUCUGUGGCGAGGAUCGUUGAAGGGGAUCCUGGGAAAGCCAUAUGCCAAGAAGCAGCCAGGAUAAAGCCGGCCGCAGUUGUUAUGGGAACCCGAGGCAGAAGCUUGUUUCAGAGUGUCUUGCAGGGCAGCGUGAGCGAGUAUUGUUUCCACAACUGCAAAUCUGCUCCUGUCAUUAUCGUUCCUGGGAAAGAUGCAGGUGAGGAAUCAGUCAUAUAGAUGUUCAAUUUCUAGGAGGCUUGGAAAUACAGCGAUGGGGAUUUUUCGUUGUGUCAGACGCUAGGUCGUGUGCUUUUGGUGUAUAUUUUGAUUUCGUUUCCUUUUAUUUUCUGCUUUCUGCCCUCGUUCAGUAUUUGUUGAUGGGAUUUGUACAGACAAAGAAGAAUAAAGUUCUCUUAAAUAGAUUGA